GCUUCGUUCACUUCUUCGAACGAAGGAAGCUUCGUUCAUCUCUUUGAACGAAACGAGUUUCGUUCACCUCUUCGAACGAAGCUCAGUAUGAUGUGGUUCCAGAUCUUCUUUUUCGAUUCUUCUGAGCUUAGUAUGGCGUAGAUUGGAGUUCUAUUGCUUCAAUUUCUUUUUCUUUCUUGUUUGAUUUGGUGAUUUUUGGAUUGAUAUGCGCUGCAUGAGACUCGAUUGGAGCUUGGUGAGAUCUGUGAUCUUCGAUUUUUGAGAUUCGUUUUGAUUGUGGAUUUGCUCUUGUGUUUUGGUUUGAGCUGUGGUGAAAAAUUUGUGUUAUUCGAUUUAAUUGAGAGAUAUAUAUGGAUGAUUCGAGAGUGGCGAAGUGCACCUAUGGUGCUGGAACUUUAAUGCUUAUUUUGUCUUCAACUACUACUUUUGAUUGGUUGUCCAACGAGUUGUGUAGUAGGUUUAAGCUUAAGUUAGGUCAUUUUGAGUUGAGGUACUCUUUUAUGGAUUGCUCCAAUUGUUUGUUGGAAUCGGACGAUGAUUUGAAAAUCAUGUUUAUGGUAUGUGGACUGAUGAAGGAUCAAUUAAUUCACAUUGCUGUUAGGGAUAAGGCUGUAGUGAAUCAUGUUCAAACUGUUAAUACGAACAUGAUUGCUUCUCCUUUUUUGUUGGAGUCUGCUCCUAACAAUUACAGUUUUGCACAAGAUGAGGAUACAUGUAAAGAUUCAAGUCAAACUGGUAGUAUUGUUGAUUCAAGUGCUGCUUCUUCUUCUUGUUUGAGUAUGGAUUUUGAUGGUAUUAGCAGUGAGUUUGGAAAUGAAUAUUUAGGCAAAUAUGGUAGUUGUGGAGGGCGUAAAUAUUUGUCUACUGAUUGGGAGGGUUAUAUUACUCAUGAGGGUCAGAAGUUUGAGGGUGGAGUUUGUGAAUUCCGUGAUAAGUUGGCUAAGUACGCGAUUGAGAAUGGUUUUAAGAUGAAGUAUUUGAAGAAUGAGCCUCGUCGUGUUACUGCUGUGUGUGCUAAGAAGGAAUCAAAUGGCUGUGAGUGGAAUGUGCAUGCUGUUAAGUCUAAUGUAAAUGGAUUUUUCUAUAUUAAGAAUUUAAAUAAUGUACACAGUUGUAGUGGUUUGAUCCGUGAGAAGAGAAAUAAGGCAAUGGGGUCUCGUUUGGUGUCUUCAAUUGUCAAAGAUAAAGUUCGUAGCAAUCCUUUGGUAAGGCCUAUUGAGCUAAUUACUGAUUUGAAAGAAAAUUAUGGAUUGGAUGUCCCUUAUCAUGUUGCGUGGUAUGGGAAGGAGUCGGCUACUAAGGAUUUACAUGGUGAUGAGGAGUUGUCUUAUGCUCACCUGCCUUGGUAUGUUGAUGUUUUGAAGGCCAGCAAUGUCGGGUCUCAUUGUGUGCUUGACUGUGGCGAGGAUGGUUCUCGUUUCCAGCGGAUCUUUAUAUGUUAUAAGGCCUCCAUUGAUGGUUUUCGAUGGUGUAGGCCUAUGCUGUUUAUUGAUGGUACUUUCGUUACAAACAAGUACAAGGGUACUCUUCUAGGAGCUACUGCAAAGAAUGGGAAUAAAGAGGUAUUCCCUUUUGCCUUUGCUAUUGUAUCCGGUGAAACUGCUGACAAUUGGAGGUGGUUUCUGCAAAGGAUAUCUGAAGUUUUGGUGGAUGAAGGUAGGCAACUUACAUUCAUUUCUGAUAGGCAUGGUGCUAUUAUCGAUGCUGUUAGGACUGUUUUUCCUGCUUCUGCCCAUGGUUUUUGUCUAUAUCAUUUGAAAGAGAACUUGAAAAAGAAGUAUCCGCAUUCUGUUGGGAAUGAGGAAUCUGGUUUUCUUGAUUUUAUCUUUUCUGCUUCACCUUCUUUCUCUUCUAAUUUAUCUUCUUCACUCUGCAGUUCUUGCGCUAAUUUUUGA